AAUAUAUUAAUUCUGGUACGUCAUGUUCCCCUCUCCAAAACUCUCUGUUUCUUCAGCGUUCAGUUCUCCUUGCUGUUCAUAAAUAGAACCGGCAUCCGUUAGCAAUUAGUUUUGUGGUAGUAACUUGAGUUGAGCAGUUAACAACAAGAUCAAGUUCAAAUAAAAUGGCUCCAGCAUACAAGCUUACUUACUUCGAUGUAAAAGCUUUGGCCGAAGUAACCAGAUUGCUCUUCAGCUAUGGCAGCAUCGAAUUUGAAGAUAACAGAUUCCAGAAGGAGAACUGGCCCGAAUUCAAACCGUCGAUGCCAUUCGGACAGGUGCCAGUUUUGGAACACAACGGUAAAGUGGCCCAUCAGAGUCUGGCCAUUGCCAGAUAUGUCGCCAAGCAGGUCAAGUUAGUCGGCAAUAAUGAUUGGGAGGAUUUAGAAAUCGACAGUAUUGUUGACACCAUCAACGAUUUCCGCUCAAAAAUUGCUGCAUAUCAUUAUGAGGCUGACGAAGCAGCUAAAGCAGCCAAAAAAGAGCCGCUGUUUAACGAAACCAUCCCAUAUUAUUUGGACAAAUUUGAGGCCAUCGCAAAGGAAAACAAUGGUCAUUUUGCCCUUGGACGCUUGACUUGGGCCGAUUUGUUGUGGCUUGGUCUUAUUGAUUACAUGAACUUCAUGGUUGGCAAGGACCUGACUGCCGACCAUCCGAAUUUGAAGGCUGUAAUCGUCAAUGCGUCCGCAAAUGCUAACAUCAAGGCAUGGCUCGAAAAACGCCCCAAAACUGAAUUGUAAACUCUUCCGAUACUUGAAUAUUUUACACAAUCUCUUUUCUAUGUUUACUAAUGUAACUUUAUAUUGAAAUAAAGAUUUAUUAAUAA